AUGAACAGCAAUGAUAUAAAUCAAAUUUUAAAUGAAGAUAUUGAGUGUAAAGAUAUACAAAAGGAAAAUAAAAUAAAAAUUGCUAAUGAUUUAGUUAAAAAUUAUUGUCUUCUAAAAGAAUUAAAUUUGUUAAAUGCUAUUAAAAAUGAAGAUAAAAUAGUUCCUAGCAUCAAAAAAGAUAAUAUAUCUUAUAAUAGCAAAAAUAUAAUAUAUGCCAAUAAAUAUAUUCUGGAUUUUUUACAAUUAAAAAAACAAAAUAAGUUAAAAUUAAAAGAAGAAAGAAAAAUAAAAAAGAAAAAGUAUGAAGAAAUAUUAAAUGAAAAAGAUAUAUUGAAUAUUACUAAUACUUUAAAUGGAAAUGAAUUGAAUUUAUCUGUCUAUGAAAAAAAUAUUAUGAAUUAUAAUGAAUUAAAUAAUUUUCAAAUUUUCAACAAAAGCUUAUUCGUAAAAUAUAUCGAUAUGCCAAUAAUAAAUCAUAAAAGCUUCCAUAAAAAAAUUCUUCAACUUUUAAAAUUAUUAAUUGAAAACUAUAAUUCUUCAUUAAAUUUAAUUAAAAUACAACAAAACAUGAUGAGUUAUUUUACUUUUUACACACAAAAUUUAUUAAUUAAUAAUAAAACAUUAAUAGAGAAAAAUGAAAAAUUACUUCAGAAUAAUUAUAUUCGUAUGGAAUUGAAAAGUAAGUCACUUGCUAAUGAUGGCAUUGAAAUAAAGUUACCUUUUACAAGUCAAGAUAAUUUAUGUUCUUUAUUUCAAACACAAAUGGAUUUAUAUAGAAAGCAUAUUAAUAAUCUCUAUAAUCAAAUUGAUGAUUUAAAAAAAUUUUUAAAUAUAUUCAAUAUGGAAAAAAUAUCUUCUAAUAGUUAA